AGUGACGCGUGGAGAGGCAAACAAACAGCUGUUCACUGUCCUGUCCCCUGACUCCCCUCCCGCACACACUGUCACUCUCACCUCCCCGUCACUCUCUCUCUCUCACUACCAACCAUGUCGAUGGAGGCGCUGCAGAGGAGAGUGGCGGAGCUGGAGGAAGAGCUGAAGCUGGUGAGAAAAGCGGGAGGAGGUGUGGAGAGGGAGAAAAUAGCGCAGAUGUCUGGCGAGGUGGUGGAUACUAACCCGUACAGCCGCUUGAUGGCCCUGAAGCGGAUGGGGAUUGUGGAGGACUAUGAGAAGAUUCGAACCUACACUGUGGCGGUGGUCGGGGUUGGGGGGGGCAGUGUGACGGCAGAGAUGUUGACCAGGUGUGGCAUUGGCAAGCUGCUUCUGUUUGACUAUGACAAGGUGGAGCUGGCCAACAUGAACCGCCUAUUCUUCCAGCCACACCAGGCCGGCCAGAGCAAGGUGGCGGCGGCGGCAGCAACACUUCAGUCCAUCAAUCCGGAUGUGGAAUUUGAAACGCACAACUAUAACAUCACAACACUCGAUAACUUUGACCAUUUUCUCAGCCGUGUUAGGGGUGGAGGGCUGGCGGGUGGAGCUGUGGACCUGGUGCUGAGCUGUGUGGACAACUAUGAGGCACGGAUGGCAGUGAACCGCGCCUGUAACGAGCUGGCCCAGACCUGGUUUGAGUCUGGGGUGUCGGAAAAUGCUGUAUCUGGUCACAUUCAAUUUCUCGUCCCUGGGGAGACUGCCUGCUUCGAUUGUGCGCCGCCGCUGGUUGUGGCGAGCCAGAUUGACGAGAGGACACUGAAGAGAGAAGGAGUGUGUGCGGCCUCCCUCCCCACCACCAUGGGUAUUGUGGCCGGCAUGCUGGUGCAGAAUGUCCUCAAGUACCUUCUGAAGUUUGGCCAGGUGUCUCACUACCUUGGCUACAACGCGCUGGUGGACUUCUUCCCAACUAUGACAGUCCGGCCCAACCCACAGUGUGAGGACCAGUGGUGCAGGCAGCGGCAGGCGGAGUGGGCUGAGCGGAAGGCAGCGGAACCCAAGGCUGAGGUGGUGGAGAAGGUGGAGGAGGAGGAGGUGGUGCAUGAGGAUAAUGAAUGGGGCAUCUCUUUAGUGGAUGAAUCUGAACCAGCCACCACCACCACCACCGCCUCCACCACCGCCACCACCACCUUAGCAGAGGGCAUCACCACAGCCUAUGACCGGCCUGCCCCUGACCUUGACCUCCCUGAUGACCCGCCCCCCGCUGAUGACACCUCCUUAGAUGACCUUAUGGCUCAGAUGAAGGCACUGUAGGAGAUGGGACAUGGUGUGUGUGUGUGUGUGUGUGAAAUUUGUCUCUCUCUCUCUCUCUCUCUCUCUCUCUCUCUCUCUCUCUCUCUCUCUCUCUCUCUCUCUCUCUCUCUCUCUCUCU